GCUCCUGGAGACUAAGCCAGGGCCAGGAAGGAAUCAGUCCGGGGAAGAGACUCGGCAAACACACAGUAUUUACCCAAUUCCUCCCAAUUCCACUGGAAUUUCUCCAUUCUCCUUGGCAAAGGAGCUAGCAAUCUGCUUCCAGCACAGUUUUUCUGUGUGACUUAACGAAGAAAAGGAAAAGAGAUAUAGGAUGGGUACCCGAAGACCCAUGAGCCGCACAUCAUCUACAAAUGGGAGGUAUUAUGACUCUCUAGGAAGCAGCAAUGGCAGUGCCAGUGAGAGUGAAGACAGUAAUGGGUCUGCAUACAGUCCCCGACCAGACAGUAGAAAUUACCUGCUUAAUGUGAGGCCUGAGAACAGUCGCUCCAGCUUCAGUCGGUACUCAAGCUAUACACCAGGAAGGAGCACAUUUUGCAGCAUCAUCUCUCAGCUGACUGAGGAGACACAGCCAUGUUUUGAAACCACGCUGAAACCCAAAGCAGUGUCGGCGGGAUGUGAUGCUAAAUUUAUUUGCAUGUUGUCAGGAUAUCCAGAACCCGAGGUUACCUGGUAUAAAGAUGACGAGGAGAUGGACCGAUACUGUGGUUUGCCGAAGUAUGAAAUUUUCCGAAACGGAAAUCGGCACACCUUACAAAUCUACAAGUGUCAAGAAGAAGAUGCUGCUAUAUACCAAGCAUCAGCAAGAAACAACAAAGGAAUUGUGUCUUGUUCUGGUGUGCUAGAAGUUGGUACAAUGACUGAAUAUAAAAUACACCAAAGGUGGUUUGCUAAACUCAAAAGGAAAGCUGAAGCUAAGAUGCGUGAAAUUGAGCAGAGCAGGAGGCGGGUGAAGGAGAACUUAGAGGAAGGAGAAAAACUAAGGGCAUUAAGCCCAGAAAGAAUUCAGAGAAAGAGAAGAUUCUCAACAGAAAAUAAGCAAGAAACUGCUGCUUCUGUAUCAGAAACAGAAGACUUAAUAAAGGUCCAUAUUCCAGACCCAAACUCACGACUGCAAGAGGAAGUAUCCAGUACAGUGCAGCAACCACAAAAUGGAAUGAACGGGUUCUCAGAACAGGAUAAAUCUCAAGAGGAAGCAGUAGUCACAAAUGGCUACACACUUCCUGAGAAUAUAGAGGAUAAUGGUAAAGAAUUCCUUGCCUAUGUCUAUGAAACAGUGGAAGUAAUAACAAAAAAAACAACUGCAAAAGAAUCAUAUGCAAAAAAGAAAAAAAAAGAAGAUGAUCCUCCUGUUUCUAAAGCAGAAACAAAGAAAGAAGAGGUUUCACCUGUUAGCAGUCAAAAGAAAGCAGAGGGCAUAAGUCCAGCUCCUAGGAGAUCACGCAUUAAUAAGGAUCAUUCUAGGACAGCAGACGAAAAAAUGGAAAUUCAGCCAACUCCAGUUACUGCAAAUCGAAGGUUUGCAAUUAACACUGCACUUCCUAAAGUAGGGAAGACAAUAUCAAAAGAUACAAAGAAACCAAAAGAAUCUGUGGCACCUUCAGUUAAGGCAGCAGAUUCCACCAGCUCAAGAAAAGAUCCUUUGCCACCAAAGACAGAUGUCUUUUCUUUGAAGGACUUGUAUUUUGGGGAGUCAAUGCAAGUUACACAAGAGGAAAAAGAUAUUAGACCAGCUCAUGAAAGAGACCAGAAGUCAAAUGCUGAAAUUAAAGUCUCUAGCGCUAAGCAAGAUGUAGGUAUUCCAACAAAGUUGGGACCACAAAUGCAAAUUAGUGAGCCACCAAAAGCAGCUCCAAGGCGCUCCAAAGAGCAAAGAGAAUUGCCUUCAGGCAGUACGCCCCCAAAAGCAAGCACAAAGUGUGAUGCUUCAAUUAGAACACCCUUAGAAAAUCUAAGGGGUCAGGAGGCAAAACCAGUUUGUGAAGUUCUACAGCAACCCAUAUUAGAAAGCAUACCAGACCCUUCUUCCCCCAUUAUAUCACAUUCUACAUUUGACAUUCCUGAGCAAAAGCAGUUGGAACCAGUUCCAUCUCUGAGGCAAUCUGAGAGAGAAAGCCAAGAACCAGAGGACUUAAUUAAGAGCAGAAUAGCCUCAGAAGACCUUCCUGAAGAUAAGACCCAGACAGAAACAGUGGAAAAGCUCAAGACCUUAGAGAUGGAGUAUAUGGCUCUGCAGAAAGCGUAUGCCCUGCUGCAACAGCAACUUGAGCUGAGUCAGAAGGCUGAGGAAGAAAAGAAGACACAGGCAGUCACAGAAUCUCAGGAAAACAUUGCAGAAGAACAAACCCUCAGUUCUGAACAAAAUCAGAUGGAAAUGCCAAAAAACAGAAAUGAGAACAAUAUGGAUGAAUCUGCGAGUUCACCAGUAUUCAUGGAGACAGAUGAAGCCAUACAAGCAGAAGUGGAAGCUAUUCCUCAAAUGGAAGGAGUAGAUAAUGAAAAUGUUCAAAGUGAAGUUUCUUCCUUACCCCAACAUUCAGAAUUCUUCAUGGAAUAUAGUUCAGAGAAAGACUCAUAUGGUGAGGAUGCUUGCUUGGCUGUACAGGAAGCAAAAGCUUUAAAAGAGAAUAGUAUUUUUCCACUUGGGUUACCGCAGGAGAAGAAAUUGGACACAGAAGGUGAUGAUGAUCAGUCUUAUACACCUCAUGAUGAUACACUCAAAGGUGGUGAAGACAGCACAGCUGUAUCAGACUCUAAAAUAGAAACAAUGAAAGAUAUAGAAGAAACAAAGCAAGUAGAUGAAAUAAAAGAAACACAGCAAGUAGAUGAAAUAAAAGAAAACAAAUUAGAAAAAAUACUAGCAUCUGAUGAACAAAACCCAACUACCCUCUCCAUUACACCAACCUCAGAAAAUACUAAUGAAUUAAUAUUAUUAGAUGUGGCAAUGACAAAAAUGGAAACAAGCAUUCCACCCUCCAUUAUAGAGCUACCUUGCAUAGAUGAUGUUCAGGAACUCAGUAUUUCUGAAGGUAUUUUGGAAACAAAUAUUCCAGGUGCCCCUUUAGCAACAAAGACAUUGGGUGGGGAUACUAACCAAUCUGUGGUUACUCUUCUAAGAGAUGUAAAGGCGGCUUUGGAAUCAGGUGUUGCUAAAGAUGUAGAAUGUCCUUCAGAAUCCAGUUCUAGUUCGGGACUUUCUCCACUUGCAAUAUCUUCUCCAGAAGAGUAUUUUGUAGAACUUAUGCUGCCUUUAUCAGGUGAAGAAGAGAAAAGUAAUAUUCAAAACCCUGUGAUGCCUGAGCUUGAAAUCAUCCCAAUAAACAUCCAAGAUGUUGAAGAAUCCUCUGAUGUUCUUGAAGUUCCAAUAUCUUCAGAGCAUCAAACAAAUGAAGAAAGUGAAAUUAUAUUAAAAGAACAAGUUAAGCAAGAUCACAGCUUAGUAGCUACUUUGAAGAACUCUUUGCUAAAGUUGUUUCAUAUGAAACCUGCAGAUGAUGUAGAUCAGAAGUCAGAGGUCAAAGAAAGUAACAAAGAUGGUGACAUUCAGGUUAGAUCUCCUGAAGAAAUGUCUUCGAUAGAGGGAAAUGUAAGCCCCCUCAAUACUAGUACAAUGCUUAAGUCUGAUAAAUAUGACUUUGAAAAGAGUGCAGAGAGUAUGUAUUUGAGUUCUACACCAGGAAAGUUAACUCCAGCUUCAGAAGAGGACAUCUCUCAAACUGCAGAUUCUUUGCAAACAAGUCCUAUCACAUGCAGAAAGGCAAGUGAAUCCUCCAAAAAAGGCAUAAUACAGGAGGUACAUAGUGCCCCACUGACCCCAGCUAUAUCCAGGAGUUCAAGAGGUUUAGAUGAAGAAUUUGUAUUGAACAAAGAUGAACUUAGUUUUAGUCCUUCCACUGCACGAAAGAUUGCAGGGAACAUAGGUGCUGACACAGACUUUCCUUCAUCUUUACCUGUGCCUGCUAUAGUUGUUGGCAGCCUUCCUUCUGAAAAGACCCUUGAAAGUUUGCUCUUAGACUUUGAGAAAGACAACAGUCGCAAGUGGCGGUCUACUGAAAACAUAAGUUUUAUCCCUUCAGCAACACCUCAGGAGCUGGCCUCUGGUGCUCGUCGCAAAAUAUAUCUUCCUAAGCCAAAGCAAUUAGAAGAAACCGAAACUGAAACCGAAACUGGUUCACUUACACCUCCUUCUAAACUAGAAAGCCCUAGUGUUUCUCCUGGGCAGACCAGAAGGAAUACCUCUUUGCUGCCCACUCAGCCUCAGCAAGCUGAAAAGCGUUCACCAGGUUUGUCUAGAAGGAUGACAAAGUUAGAAGUGCCAAAGAUAUAUGAAGAAUGUGCAGAGAAAGAGAAGACCUCAGAUGACCGUUCUGUGCAAGCUAAAGAUUCAGACAUGUUGCCAAAAGAAGAUAUACAGCCAGUUGAACAUAAAAAAGCCAAUGACCCCUAUAAAGCUCCACAAGUGAUAAGGAAGACAAGAGCUGAGCAAUUUUCUGAUGCAUCUGGAAAUUUGAAGCUUUGGUGCCAAUUUUUCAAUAUUUUAAGUGACUCUAUUAUAACAUGGUAUAAAGAUGAAGUUCAAGUUGCUAAAGUAAACCGAAGUUCUGGCGAUGAAGGCCAGGUGGCACUUGCCAUUGUUCAGGCAUCAACGAAAGACUGCGGUGUGUAUCAGUGCACAAUUUACAAUGAUUAUGGAACAGAUUCAACAGAUUGCCUUCUGAGUGCUGAGAUUUUGUCUUCAUUCAUCAGCAAAGAGGAAGUUGAAGUUGGGGAAGAAAUAGAGAUGACUCCAAUGGUUUUUGCAAAAGGAUUAGCUGAUUCUGGCUAUUGGGGGGACAAAUUUUUUGGAAGAAUUGUGAUGGAAAAUGCGCAUGUUGGUGAGGGAUUUCUGAGGAAGUCAUGCAGAGUAAAGGCUAUAUAUGGGCUGGAACCAAUAUUUGACUCUGGAAAAACGUGCAUUAUCAAAAUCAAAAAUCUUAUCCCAUUUGGCACCAAGAAUGAAAGUACCUUAGUUGAGAAGAAUUACGAGAUCACAAUUCAGGAGUGUAAAAUUCAGAACACCACCAGGGAAUUUUGCAAGAUAUUUGCUGCUGAGUGUCGAGCAGUCUCCAGCUUUGGACAGGUCCCAGAAAUUUUACCUCUGAACUUGAUUUACCGACCUGCCAACAAUAUUCCCUAUGCUACCAUUGAGGAGGACCUGGAAGGACGGUUUCAGAAGUACUGUAUCAGAGAUCAUGCUGGGAAAUUACAUGUUAAGAAUUCAUCAGAGAUCGAACAGAAAUGUUGCACUUUCCAGCACUGGGUCUACCAGUGGACCAAUGGAAAUGUGCUGGUCACAACGCUAGAAGGGGUUGGAUGGAAAUUAACUAAUAUAGGAAUUGCCACAAAAUCCAAGGGAUACCAUGGCCUAAAAGAGAGCUGCUUUCCCUCUAUGGUGGAUGAGUUCCCCUUGGUUCACCAAUGCAAUCGUUACUGUGAAAUGCUUGGCCUCAAAUCUCUAAAAGCCAUUGAAGGCCUUCAGCCUCCAGCCAAACCGAAGGGCUCAAGGAGUCCUGUCAUAAGUCGAAAAACCUCAUCAGGUCAGUCCAGUCCACAGAUACAAAAAAAAGGGUUGGCAAGCCCACAGACUGCCAGAAAAGGGGGUGUCAGCCCUAAGAUUACACGAAAAGCCUCCGAACCAGGAGAUGCCAGAAACAGAGGAAACCAUACAACAACGCCUGCAAAAUCCCAAUAACACCUCAGAACAGAGAGAUGUUAUUUUGUCAUCAGUGCAGACUUAUUGGAUUUUCAACAUUUUAUCUACUACACAAAGUCGAUAAACAGACACAGUUCACCAAUCGUCCUUAUUCUAGAUACUGUGUAUUAAAGUGGAGAAGCAUGUUGGCUGUUGACAGCCUUUUGUGCUGGUUUGCAUUUGGUUUGGACAAAAAAAGAUCACAGAACUUGCACUUACUCUCAGUGAUCUCAUAAGGUACUGUAUAUGGGAGAUUUGGGGUAUUCUAAUUAUUUUUCAUGCUGGAUAAGCUGCAAAUAGAAGGAAAAUUAUAACUUAGAAUUAAGAAUACUACUGUGUAUAGUACCUUUUAAUCACAGAAAACAUCAAUAUAAUCAAUCAGGGAAAAAAAAGCAAAGCAAUACUUUCCAGAGAUAACAGGUAAAUGUACAUGUCUGUACUACAUUGUGUAAGUAUAAGUACACAGUAUUAUAACACAUGGCUCAGGUUUUCCAAUUGAUCAGUGUUCAAUCACUUAAUCAGUGUGUGAUAUUGCGAGAAAGGUUGAAUUUGUAUGAAGUUCCUCUUUCUCUUUUGACUGCAUACAUUUCAGAAACUGAAAUGUAACUGGGCAAAUUAUGUUUGGAAAUGACAAACAACAGGUUUUUGUACACUUCAUGUCAGAUGUAACUGGAGUAGUGCUGCACAUAUCAUCAGCCUAUGCUCUUUUCCCAGUGAAUAUGUUCCAGUAAAUCAUUGGGUGCUUCAGACAUAUACGCUUACUUUAUGCAACCUGUGCAGCACUAUUGCAAACAUUACAAGCAUCAAGAGUUACAUUGUGAGCUUUGUUUUUGGGGGGAAAAUAGAUAAAAGCACUGACUGCUGUACCUAGAGCUGCUAAAUUUAUUGCUAAAGCUUUUAACUGGCAAAAUAUAGCUGGGUCCAUGGUUUCUAUUUUGGAGAAGGGUAGCCUGCAUUACCAAUUCAUAUCCUGUGGGCACUCUGGGGAAAACUAAGGUUAUUAUGGGUUUAUAAAUGAUGGUCUCAUUGCACCGUACAAUAACUUUGGACCCACCUGUAUCCCAAAUGAAACAGGAUGUUGAUUACAGCAAUAAUUUUGAUACCAUUUUGCAGAUCAUGGUAGAACCAGAUAUACUGGUAAUGUAUCUGAGGAGGGGGUAUAGCCAGAGGUACACUAUCAUUCAUUUAUUGUAGAAUACAUUAAACUUACUUACUGAAGAAACCUUUUAUUAAAUCUUUAAGCAAAUGUUCAAUUAGCAGUCUAGUUUGGGUAGAUACUUAACAGUAUGGUUCCAUUCAUAAGUAAUGCAGUGUACUUGGUGUUUAAGCAAUCACAGUUGACUUGUCUGUCUUGUUUGUUAUUGUAAAUAACCCUUUUUACUAAUUUAGGAAAAACAAAUUAAAGGUAAGUGCAGUUUUUUUUUUUGCAGGGAUGACUUACUAUAUAUAUAUGCCCUUUUUGUCUGACUCCACAACUUUGGGAUCUAGUUUACAUACUACAGACAAUGGUGGAAAUGUAAUAAAAGUUGUAAACAGGAAAAAAACUGCACAAUUAAAACACUUGUAUUUUGCAAUAUAAUAUUCUGUUAGCCAAUUAUCGCAAUGAGGACUCUCAUUGUGCACUUUUAGGGCAUGCUUGGAGGUGGCCUACUCUUUUGGAACAAAAACAGUUUUUUAAGUAAGAAGUUUUAUUAUCUUGGUACAAACUAUAAAAUUUACAGUCUUUCAUCCACCAGCGGAACUAGCAUCAAAACAGAUCCCAGCUAAAUUAAAAUCACACAAGGGAAUAUAUUUUUGCAUUGCAAAUAUUAACAACUUUUAUUACAUUCCCCCAAUAGACACCAUAAUAGGAAAGCUGAAAGGAAAACAGGCAAUUAUUUGAAGUGGGAUGAUUGAGACCUGUGAGCUUGCACCAAUAUGUCCCUUUAAAAUAUAAAA